AAUUCCUUCAGCUGGGUGGUGAGAGCCCAUGGGUGUGUCCUAUUAGGAGUAGUCCUGGGGUGCAGUGUGGGCUCUUUGUGUGUGUUGAGGGUGCUUCCCUGGAAGCUAAUUCUGGAAGAAAUCCCUGCUGCCUCUGUAAAAGUUGUUGGAAAAAUCAAAUGCACUGGAGCUGCUGACUGCUUUGUACUAUUGAGUGAUAUGGUUAAAACUCUCUCUUUCCUCGUGCUGUGUGUGAAGCUGGUGUUAGUGCUAGGAGACCUGCACAUCCCACACCGAUGCAGUGGUCUGCCAGCGAAGUUCAAGAGCCUCCUGGUUCCGGGGAAAAUUCAGCAUAUUUUGUGCACAGGAAACCUCUGCACCAAGGAAAGCUAUGACUACCUCAGGACUUUGGCUGGGGACAUUCAUGUUGUUAAGGGGGACUCUGAGAGUCUGAAUUAUCCUGAACAGAAGGUUGUAACUGUUGGGCAGUUCAGAAUUGGGUUGAUUCAUGGCCAUCAAGUCAUUCCCUGGGGGGAUGUCACAAGCUUGGCAUUGCUACGGAGGCAGCUGGAUGUAGACAUUCUUAUCUCAGGACACACACACAGAUUUGAAGCAUUUGAGCACGAAAAUAAGUUCUACAUCAACCCGGGAUCAGCUACAGGAGCCUACACUGCUUUAGAAACGAAUGUCAUUCCUUCAUUCGUACUGAUGGAUAUCCAGUCUUCCACAGUUGUGACUUAUGUAUACCAGCUAAUUGAGGACGAUGUGAAAGUAGAAAGAAUUGAGUUCAAGAAACACUGAUACGUGUUUGAAUCUGCUCACCAUCUCUCAUUCCUCCUCUUUUAGUUAAAGCUGAAUCCGGCCACAUGGGGGUGCUGCUGCAGCAGCGUGUUGGGUUGUAAAUCUGCAGCCACGUGAGCUUGUGAAGUUCACAAGUAGGGUUUAGAACAGGAGAAACUGAGUAAGAG